AUGAAGAGGCGAAAUGCCGAUACUGGCAAAAUGCGGCGCCCCAUAAAGCGCACAAAAAUCACCGAGGGAAUGUAUGGAAAUUCUUUGCUCUAUCUAAAGUUUGUAAUGUUAUGGGCAACAGUUGUCAUGGCUGACUAUAUGCUGGAGUUCAGAUUUGAGUUCCUUUGGCCAUUUUGGAUGAUGCUGAGAUCAGUCUAUGACUCUUUUAAAUAUCAAGGACUGGCAUUCUCGAUGUUCUUCAUCUGCAUAGCAUUAACGUCAGACAUGAUAUGUUUUUUCUUUAUACCUCUGCAGUAUAUAUUCUUUGCUGCUAGUACCUAUGUAUGGGUACAGUACGUGUGGUACACAUUUGCAGACAAGGGCAUAUGCCUGCCGACGGUGGCGAUCUGCUGCGCGGUGGUGUACCUGGAGGGAGCCCUGCGGUCCGCACGCGAGUUGGAGCUGUGCCACCCGCUGGCCGCCCACUGUGUGGGCUACCCGGCCGUCUCGCUCGGCUUUGGCGUCAAGGCGUACGUGGGACGCCGCCUUCGACUCCGCAGGCAGCGGCAGGUCCGCGCCGAGAACGAGUUCUACUUCCAGCUGAUGCGAGACGCGUUGCCUGAGAGCGCACUAGAGGAAAAUCAGCAGGGUUUAAAAGAGGAGCGUACAGUCGCGAACGAAACCGCCGAGUGUGCGACCGACACGCGGCAGCUCAACGGCUCGCUGCGGCGCCGCUGCGUGCGCGAGAACGGGCACUGCGGGUCCGAGCACGCACAGUUACAAGUUAAGUUAGAUAGAUUAGAGAAGCAUUUAGCACAACAGAGUGCGGUGCGAGAACGCGAGAAGUCGCAACCGCAGAUGCAGGCACAGGCACAGCCGCACACGCACACACAGGCGCCUGCGCACACGCACACUCACGCACACACGCACGUGCACACCAACGGCUCUGCGGGCGGAGCCGGUGCGCCGCAAGAAGAAGAGCGACACGACCCAAAUAAAGGUAGUGCCAAGUCUUCAAAGUAUGAUAAGAAAGAGGCUAGUACAUUAAAAGAAGAAAAGAGAAGACAUAAAAAUAGAGAUAAGGAUAAGGAGAAAGAAAGCAGUGAUAGUUAUAAGAGUACAGAACAAACAAAAGAACAAAUAGUUAAGGAUGUAGAAAGUACAAAAGAAAGUGUAAAAAGUAAUAAAGAUAGUAGCAAUAAUAAGGAGAAAGACAGGGACAGAGAAAGGGAAAAGGAGAAGGAGCGCGAAACAAAGGAGAAAGAAAAAGAGCGCGAACGCGAACGAGAACGCGAUCAGCGGGUGGCGCGUGAGUGUGGCGAGGAGCUAAAGCGAGCUCGUGCGGAGCUGGCGGCGGCGCGCUCGGGCGAGGCGGAGGCGCGGCGCGCGCUGGCAGCCGCCGCCGCAGCGGAGCGGCAACGCCGCGCUGAGCACACGCAGCUGCGCCAGGCGCACGCCGCGCUGCAGAACAAAGUAUCGACGUGGCGCGUGUCGGAGCGCGCGUCGCUGGAGCGGCGGCUGUCGGAGGAGAAGCGCGCGCGGGCGGCUGCCGAGCAGCAGCUGCAGCGUGCCAGGAACUCCACCCGCACGCCCAAGUACAUAUCAAUUUAG